CACACAGAUACACUCUCACCAAACAGCAAAGAAAAAUAAAAAUCAGCGAAAACAUGAUUUCGGAAUUUCCAACUUAAAACUCUCUCUUCCUCGAUAUGAGCAAAAUCUGAUUACUCAUCCCCACGAUUUUUUUUCCCUUUCUCCCGGAGAAGAUCUCUUCUCUUAUCAAUCGUUUUCGACUUCGUUUCUUCUUUCUCACUUCGAUUUCGAAGUCUCUGCCUCUUGGAUCCUUUGAAGGUCGGUGAGCUGCUAUGGCAACUCAUCAGCAGACUCCUUCCGAUUUUCCAGCUCCGGGUGAUGAAAAAUCCCAGAUUUCAGAAGUAACAAAGCCACUUGCAAAUGAUGUUCAGCAAGCUAGCAUCGCUCAAGAAACUGCUAAGCAGGACUCUCUUCCCUCUGUGUUUAAGAAUUCAGAGCCAAUACGGGAGGACCAAAUUCAGAACGCCAUCAAAUUCCUUUCGCACCCGAGGGUUAGAGGAUCUCCUGUUAUUCAUAGAAGAUCGUUUCUUGAGAGGAAAGGCCUCACAAAGGAAGAGAUCGACGAAGCUUUCCGCCGUGUUCCUGACCCGCCACCAAGUUCGCAGACAAAUGUUAACAGCCAAGUGUUACAAACAGAUGGACAGCAAGCAGUCUCUAAUGUUCAGCCACAAGGGCAGAUACAAGCCAUGCAGCCUGCUCCUGCUCCCGUUGUUAUGAUUCCGCCUCCAAGUUUUCUCUCCCGCUUUCGCUGGUACCAUGCUGCUCUUGCUGUUGGAGUUUUAGCGGCUUCUGGUGCCGGAACAGCUGUUUUUGUAAAGAAAUCUCUCAUCCCCAGAUUAAAAUCGUGGGUCCGCAGAAUAAUGUUGGAAGAAGAAACUGAUCCUCAGAAGAAAGCUGAUGCAAAACCUAGCUUAGCUGAAGAAGCAGUAGCUGCAGCCAAAGCUGCUUCUGCGGCUGCUUCUGAUGUAGCCAGGGUUAGUCAGGAAAUGAUGAAAACUAAGAGUGAAGAAAAGAAGUAUUUUGAGGACUUAAUGCACGUCUUAGGUGUCCAAGUACAAGAAAUGAAGUCCUUGAGCAAUAAUAUCCGUUCGCUCGAAGGGAAAUCGAACAACCUCCCAAAGCUUUAUUCAGCUGACCAAGAGGUUUAUGGUGGUUCGAUCACAACUCCAGCAGCAAGGAAACCUUAUGCAAAUGGCAGCAAUGUUGAUUAUGACACGCGCUCAGCACGAUCUGCUUCUCCUCCUGCUCCAGCUGAUUCAUCUAUGCCCCCUCAUCCAAAGUCAUACAUGGAUAUAAUGUCUAUGAUCCAGAGAGGGGAGAAGCCUUCGAACAUUCGGGAGAUUAACGACAUGCCACCCAAUCCAAAUCAACAGCUAUCAAAUCCUCGCAUCGCUCCUAAAACUAAGCCAUGGGACUAUGGGCAAGCGCCACAGGACGAUAGUUCCAACGGUUCAUGGUGGCAACAGAAAACCCCUAGAUCCACGGAUUUUGGAUAUGAGACAACAGCCUCACGUUCCAUCGGCAUCCAAAAUGAAACAAAUACAAUGGAGCCAGCAGCUCUCCAAAGGCAACGCUCGUGGGUUCCUCCACAACCUCCUCCGGUCGUUAUGCCAGAAGCAGCCGAGGCCAUUCGCCGUCCUAAGCCACAGGCUAAGAUAGACCAAGAUGCAGCUGCUAGUGAUGACCAGUCAGGUGUGAGCGAUGAGUUACAGAAGAUCACUAAGUUCUCUGAAUCUGGUGGCGAUGGAUCAGGAAGAUUGCAGGUCACAGAGAUUCAAGAAGAAACAGAGCAGCAACAGAUCAGCCAAGAAGGGAACUAAAAAGAUAGAUAAUUUCGGGUUUUCUUGAUGCAAAUACGUUUCCUAUGGUACUUUUUGAGGUUUGCUUGUACGAAAACACAUGUAUUUACUAGGUUUUGGGAUUUAUCACCUACCUUAAAUUUAAUAUUAGUUAUGAAAAAGAAAACAAGUCAAACCUUGUUACACAAGUAAACUCAGUCAUUUGCUUGCUUGCCUUAUUGUUAAA